AUGACAGAAAUCCAAUCAGGAACUACUAUUAUUGAAGACACCCAGGAGCAUAUGUUGGAGUCUGCCCUUCAUCAACUCCUGACAGAUUCAGAUGACCCAUUCAAAGAAGAUCCUUCCAAUCCUUUCACUAACGACUCUGCAUUGGAUUUUAACCAAGAGGAUACUGAUCGUGAACAUAGUACUAGCGAGACAGAUAUUGAAAGGGCAAUUGAAUCUGCUAUCACUAAUAUGAAUAAUACCGAUAUAAUAGAUGCAUCCCUUUUGAAUGAUAAACAACUCUCUUUGGAUACUAUACUUGGCGAAAACACCCAUACAACAGAUAUGGAUAUGCAUUUAACAGAUUUGUUAGGCACUAAUAAUACAAAGAAAAGAUCGAUUGAUGGUGUGACAGAAGAAAAAGACCAUUCAGAGUUACAAAAGCAAAAGAAGACAAAGACUGAAAAAAAUAUUAAAGAUAUACGCAUUUAUAAAACCACAGAUGAACCAUUUUUAUCGCCAGCAUCAUUAUCGCCGUCUUCAACAUUAUCUUCUGAAAAUAAUGAAACUCAAAUAAAAUUAGAAUCUUUACCAAUCACUUCAUACAAUAAAAAGAAACAAAAAAAAAUUAUUGGUAAAGGUAAGACUUUGACAUCUGAGACUUUAAAAGCGGAUACACCCAUUCCUGAUAAAUAUACCAAUGAGUUUACUAUGACACAAGUUACGGACAUUAAGAAGAGAAUCGUUAGUACUCAUAAACUAAUUCUAAAUUUUAACUUCUUAAAAGACGGCUAUGCAAGAACAUGUGUCGAGUUAAAGAAGGCCAUGAUGUGUUUGAAGGAUAGUGAAAUUCAUAGAGCACAUUUAUUAACUGAAAAUGAACAAUUAAAGAAAGAACUUGCAGCUCUUAAAUCUACAGUUAAGGAAGAAGAUGACAGUUAA